AUGACUACACCGGUAGAACCGAACGCGGCAUGGAUCGUCGAGAUGUUCAAGCAGCAGCAGCAAAUGUUAAAUCAGCAACAGCAGCUGUUGAACAGCGUGAUGUCGGUGAUGAAGGCAAAGGACAGCGAAUGUCCUGAAAAAGCGAUAGACGCCAUCGCCGGACAGAUCAAGGAAUUUCAUCAUACAGAGGAAACAAACUUCGAAGGCUGGUUUGUUCGAUAUGAAGGGUUAUUCCUGGAUGACGCGAAACGGUUGGAUGAUGGAACAAAGCUUCGUCUUCUUCUUCGGAAGAUAGGUGUAGCGGAGCACGAGCGCUACAUAAGCUCCAUCAUGCCAAAACAGCCGAAGGAUUUCGAUUUCACCACCACCGUGGAGAAGCUGAAAAAGCUGUUUGGAGACCGCGAAUCUACCGUGUGCAAACGGUUUAAGUGCCUGCAGAUGGUGAAAGAGUCACACGAGGAGUACCGAGCGUACGCGUGCCGUGUUAAUAAAAAGGUCGUGGAAGCUAAGUUGGCGGGGAUUGCAGAGGAGGAGAUUAAAUGUUUGUUAUACGUGUGUGGACUCAAGGGAGAUGCGGAUGCCGAUAUUCGAGUACGGUUGCUCUCUAAGAUGGAAGACAACGUAAACAUAACGCUGGACCAACUAUGUGGUGAAUCUCAACGCCUGCUAAACCUGCGCCAAGACAGCAAGCUGAUAUCUACCGCUUCGCAGGAGCCACACCAGUACCCGUUGCCGAUUCCUCAAGACAUCUUCACAGCCAUUGGGAAGUCGGUAGUGUUUAGCCAAAUCGAUUUGGCUGAGGCCUUCCUGCAAGUGGAAGUAUGCGAGAAAAGUCACUACCGCCGGGGGUAA